AUGAAUUCAAAAUACGUUAAAGAGGAAAUUCUUGGAUCUGGAACCUAUGGUACAGUUUUUAGGGCUAAGGAUAGGUUUACGGGUGAACGAUAUGCUAUCAAGCAAAUUUUGAUUGAUAAUUUUGACAAUGGAAUCCCUGCUUCUACAAUGCGCGAAAUUGGUGUUCUAAUUGAACUUAAUCAGUUUAACCACCCUAACAUCGUAGGGUAUGUUAGUGAUUCAUGGGAUUCAUUCUUAUCCAGAAUUCAUGAAAUUAUUCAUGAGGACCGCAAUAUUUCUAUUGUAUUUGAGUGUUUUGAAUGGGACCUUAAAAAAUACAUGGAUUAUUUUAAAAAGUCCGGUCAUAAAUACAGAUGUAAUCCAAGUGGAGGUUUACCAAUCAUUUUGGUCAAAGCUUUCACAAGGCAACUUCUCGAUGCCCUCAGAUUUUGUCACAAAUAUAAGAUUAUACACCGUGAUAUUAAGCCAUCAAAUCUCUUGUUCUCAAAAACCGGCGUCUUGAAGCUAGCUGAUUUUGGUCUAUCCAGAACACGUUCUAUGGGCAACCGUACGUACUGCCACGAGGUUGUCACACUAUGGUACCGUGCACCCGAAAUCAUUCUAGGCUCCUCGUCAUACACGACUGCCAUAGAUAUUUGGAGUGCUGGAUGCAUCGCCUACGAAAUGUUUACAGGCAAUGUUUUGUUCCAAGGCGAUAGCGAAAUUGAUCAGUUGUUUAGGAUAUUUCGGAGGUUUGGUAUGAUGUCCUUUCACUCACUUUCUCCAUUAGGAACCCCAACCACUGAGGAGUGGCCAGAUAUAAAUGAAAUGCCAGAUUAUAAUGAGGAGUUUCCACGAUUCCCACCCCAACUAUUUGUCCAACGGGAAAUCACAAAAGAUUUCAAAGCACUUAUAAUGGAGAUGCUAAAGCUGAACCCUCAAGACCGCGCAGAAGCUCAUGAGCUAAGGCACGCAUCCUUCCUCCGAGGUGCCAAGAUCGUUCCUAUUGGGUGA